AUGGGAAAAGUCGAAAAUUUUGAAACUCCCAUCCCUGCGUCACGUGUUCCAAAUAUCAUGGAACGACCACGACGAUCGACGAGGACGCCUGCUAAAACGCCUCUGGAGCUCAGCACACCUACUAAACGCGUCAAGAGAAAGGCGGUGGAGGUUGUUGAUCCUAAGGAGAGUUUACGUGUGCUGUUGCAGAGUCCGAAAAGUCUGCUUACGACCACGAAUAUCUCGGACAUUAUAAACCUCUCAACAUGGUCCCUCCUCUCUCCAGAGUCCCAAACAGCACUGCGGGCCCUCUUACCACCAACAGCGUUUACGGCGUACCAAGAAUCAUUAGGACCAGACCACCCCGCAUUCAAUGCCAACGCCAGUAGUGCAAUGGACGUCGACUCCCCGUCUACGCCCCUUGGCGAACUAAACCCGUCGAUAUUCAACGACCCGCACUUCCUAGCAGCAGCACAUACAUUCCAAGACCAUCUAUACAGUAACUGGCUUUCAGAUGCACACUCUGAGAAAGUGAGGGUGUUCUUGGAGGGCAUUAGGGAUGGGAGCUUGGCUGCGCCGUGGAAGGAUGAGGUCUGGGAGAAGGAUCAUCCUGAAACACCGGUUACUGCCCUUGCGAAUGAGCCAGAGUCGGGUGCUCGUGCUGGAGGAGCAGCAGAAAUCAAACUGAUAACACUCGCGAAAAACGGCGUCAUCCGCGUAGGCGACGUAAUAGCCUACUCUCGCCAUUUCUCAACGCACCAACUCCUCAUCGAGAAAGACGUUAUCGUCCAAUCGAUCCACCCAUCCUCACACGCACUAACCGUCCUCGCCUCCCCAAGCACCACCAAAUCCCUCCCUCCCCCCUUACUAUCCACGCACCCAAGCGACCCAGAACCGCCGACUAGGUCAAUGACAAUUACGAGCCCCACGAUGCUCGAAACGGGGUUGUUAGAUAUGGAUGGGAGGAUUGAGAAGGUCCAACGGCCGAAUGGGAAUGCGUGGAAGAGGGUGAGCGUUUGGCGCUGGCGGGAUGGGGUGGGUGGAGUUGGGGGAGAGGGAGGGGAGAGAGGGGGAAGGGAGAAUCAUGGGACGUUGUUUUAUUUGAGGGGGUGUUAUUAUAAUGAUAUGAUAUGA